AUGACAAGAAAAACACCGUCCAGUUCUUCUCAUUUACAGAACAUAUUGUUUAUUCAACGUUUAGGCUCGGCACUUUUUUAUGGUAUUUGUUCGGGUUUGAUUACUGUUGUUAAUAAAGUUGUUCUUACUUCAUACGGGUUUCCUUCAUUUCAACUACUUGCCAUUGGACAAUUAACGGUCUCUGUUAUUGUACUGUAUGUAGCUCGUUUAUUGAAUAUUGUUGAUUUUCCUCAAUUUUCAAAGGAUAUUUUUAUUAAAAUCAUGCCAUUGCCAAUAUUUUUCUUUGGUAAUUUACUUUUCGGUUUAGGUGGUACACAAGCAGUGAGUUUACCUAUGUUUACUGCAUUACGUCGUUUUUCAAUUUGGAUGACAAUGAUUGGUGAACAAUUUAUACUUCGAGAAAAACAAUCUUUUACAGCACAAUUUAGUGUUUAUUUAAUGAUAAUAGGUGCAUUACUUGCAUCAGGCAAUGAUUGUGCAUUUAAUUUAUUUGGUUAUGUAUUUCUUUCAAUAAAUAAUCUUUGUACAACUGCUCAAGGUAUUAUUAUGAAAAAAAAAUUAGUUAAUAAAGAUUUUAAUCAGAAUGGUCUUUUAUUUUAUAAUUCAUUUACUAUACUUGGACCUACACUUUUAUUAGCUUUAUUUACUGAAGAUCUUAAUAAAGUUUGGAAUUAUGAUCGUUAUUGUGAUAUUGGUUUUAUAUUUGCUUUUCUUCUUUCAUCAUUAAUGGGUUUUUUACUAAAUUAUUCUACUAUGUUAUGUACAAAUUAUAAUUCACCAUUAACAACAACAGUUGUUGGUGCUUGUAAAAAUUUAUUUGUAACUUAUCUUGGAAUGUUUAUUGGUGGUGACUAUAUUUUUUCAUUUGUUAAUUUUAUUGGACUUAAUAUAAGGUAG